GCCGCGGUCGGACCUGGUGGCGGAGUGCACCCGGGUUUCAGGAUGGGGGUGAAGGGCGUGGCGUGAUCGUGGAGCCCUGAGAGCUCCUAAUGCUGACCCCGGGAAGUGCGGGCGCCUGCCUGCACGGCUGCGAGGGCUGUGGCGGGGCCUCCGGAAGUAGGUAGAGGGCGCCUCCCAGUAUAGGCCCGCGAUGGCCGUGGGAGUGCCACGUAGACUCAGCCCACACCGUACAGUAGUCCUCGGAAUAAACGUGUUUCUGAUCUUGUGAAUUUCAACCAUGUUGUCCAACGGGUUACAAAAAUUUCUAAAAGCCGCAGGCUCUCCUCCACAUCCAGCGUCAUGCUGUUGGUUAAUAAGCAAACGCCAGUCUUCUGGAGCUCUGCCAGCAGCCACGUCGCGUAGGCGAGUUGUCAUCACAGGCAUCGGGCUGGUGACCCCACUUGGUGUUGGCACUCAGCUAGUUUGGGAUCGGCUUCUCCGAGGAGAGAGUGGGAUUGUUUCUGUCGUUGGUGACGAAUACAAGAGUAUUCCUUGCAGUGUGGCUGCUUAUGUGCCAAGAGGUACUGAGGAAGGUCAGUUCAAUGAACAAAACUUUGUGUCCAAAUCGGACACCAAGUCCAUGUCAUCUCCCACCAUCAUGGCCAUCGGGGCAGCAGAGUUGGCCCUGAAAGACUCCGGCUGGCAUCCGAAGUUAGAAGCAGAUCAGGUGGCGACUGGUGUUGCCAUUGGCAUGGGCAUGGUUCCUCUUGAAGUUGUUUCCGAAACGGCUUUGAUGUUUCAGACCAAAGGUUAUAAUAAAGUCAGCCCGUUCUUUGUCCCUAAGAUUCUGAUCAAUAUGGCUGCGGGACAGGUCAGCAUUCGCUAUAAACUCAAAGGCCCCAAUCACGCGGUGUCCACAGCCUGUACAACAGGAGCGCAUGCGGUGGGAGACUCCUUCAGAUUUAUAGCCCACGGCGAUGCAGAUGUGAUGGUGGCUGGGGGCACAGAUGCUUGCAUUAGUCCAUUAUCUCUUGCUGGGUUUUCUAGAGCCCGGGCUCUGAGCACAAACCCAGAUCCCAAGCUGGCCUGCCGACCGUUUCAUCCAGAGAGAGAUGGUUUUGUCAUGGGCGAGGGUGCUGCUGUGCUGGUGCUAGAAGAACAUGCGCAUGCUCUUCAGAGAGGUGCCCGGAUCUAUGCAGAAGUUCUGGGCUAUGGACUCUCAGGGGAUGCUGGUCACAUAACAGCCCCUGAUUCUGAAGGAGAAGGUGCCUUCAGAUGCAUGGCUGCUGCUGUAAAAGAUGCAGGUGUGUUGCCUGAACAGAUAUCCUAUGUCAAUGCACACGCCACCUCCACACCACUGGGUGAUGCUGCUGAAAACAGAGCCAUCAAGAGGCUUUUUAGAGAUCACGCUGGGGCCCUUGCUGUAUCCUCCACAAAGGGAGCCACCGGGCAUCUGCUGGGGGCUGCAGGGGCGGCUGAGGCAGCUUUUACCGCACUGGCUUGUUACCAUCAAAAACUCCCACCGACUUUAAACCUGGAUUGUACGGAGCCAGAAUUUGAUCUCAAUUACGUUCCUCUGGAGGCGCAGGAAUGGAAACCCGAGGGUCGGCGAAUUGGACUCACCAAUUCCUUUGGGUUUGGUGGUACUAACGCAACACUUUGUAUUGCUAGCAUGUAAACAUUGGCUUUUAAUUGUAUCAAAUUAAAUGUAUUUAAAUGUGUAAAUGAUACACACAUACAUAUUUAAUAUCAAUGAUCAGAUGUCUUUAACACAAUUGGUGUUUGUAGUAGGGUAGUUUUUGCUAGAAAAGGGGCUGCCCAGUGCCUUGUGGGUACUUGUAGCAACUUGACAUCUCCUGUGAGAUUUCUGUGGCAACUAGUGACAGCCAGAUUUGUCUCUAGGCAUUGCCUUAUGUUUUCUGGGGGACAAAAUAGUCUGUAUACAUGAACUGUUGAUUUAUAUUUUCCUAAUGCUCUGAAUCAAAUAACUUUUGGUGCUAUUUCCUCCACUCCUGUCCUUUUCGGGAAUUUCUUUAGAGCAACUCCUCCAAGCAAGGCUGUGUUGCUGCAUGUUGUAACUCCAGGGACACCAUUUUUCUACAGGAUAUAGGAAGUAUAUGAUACGUGUAGGAUGGUGUGUCAUCAGUCAGCAUCCUCCGAGGACAGCUGUCAACCAGUGCUGACCUGUUCACCGAUCUAAGUGUUGAUAAUGGAAUUUCUCCAAACUCUCAAGUGUUUGUUUCUCAGAAGGAGGAAGUGAAACUGGUUUGACAUUUCUUAUUCUGGGUGUAUUUGUGCUGUGAAGAAUAGAAAAAGAUCUUUUAAAAAGAAACUCUCGGUAAAUGAGGCCCCCUUUCCCCUCAGUCUAUCUUUGUGCUGUGGCCAUGUUCUACUAGCUUCCCGCUCUAAGAGCCAGUGGGCCCUCUACUUUCUGCCUUGGGGAGUUCUCUCAAGCCAGAGGAGCAAGUUCCCCAGCGGUGACACCCAGCUGGGGAAGUGGAAGCCUUUGGCAGGCGGCUUCUACUGGAGAGUGAGGGCUCCGCUUCCAUGCAGACCCUCAGGUUCACGGUGACAUGGAGCUUCAUGCCCCAGCUCAGACACCUUUAACCACUACUCUGUCCCCAGGCAGCUUUUAUGGUUUUUAUUCCUAUCCCGUAAGUCAUCCCCCAAACAAACUGCUUUCCCAGUGGCUCACACACUGAGAUGGAGUCAAGAGGAUCCAUGGUUAACUGCCUAGCUGCAGAAAUGAGCGGCUUUCCCGCAUGCUACUUAAAACUUUGUCCUUGUUUUAAUGCUUUUUAGAGUUUUAAAACAACGUGUAUUAAUGUUUCCCCUGCAUAUAUGUACGUGCACCAUGUGUGAGCCUGGUGCACCGGGAGUCCAAAACAAGGCAUCAGAUCCCCUGGCACCUCUGUUAAGGAU